UCUGUAGCACGGAGCUCGCGUUCAGUUGUCUUCGCUAACUUGAACACGCUCUUCGGCUUAUCUGCAGCAGUCAGUUUUCGUGAACGCAACAUAGCCGGGAAUACUCUUUUCACUUGUGCGAAUUGCCCGAGGUGAAUGUACCUGUACAAGCAACUUUUAACGAGUAUCUGUUUCGAGUAGGGAGAUUAUAGACGAAGUCAUUCAAAUUUAAUCGAACUUCUACACGUUCGAAUUUGAUCAGAAGUACAAUCUUCUGAAUUCGCCGGGUAAUCCACAAGAUUUGAGUUCGCGUUGAGAUUAGCAAAUAGUCGCGGUGGAUGUGUCGGUAAAUACGGGAAUAUCGUUUCCGUCGUGAACACAGCUGUUCCGCUUUUGCGAGCUAAGAAUGUUUCUCGUUGCGCCGGUUGACAACAACCGCUGGGCCUACACGAUGCAUGGAUUGGAGAAGCCUAUGGAUCACGUGUCCGCUGGUGGCCUAAUGGCGGGUUCUGUGGCUACAUUGGCGAUCCUCUGGGUCUCCCUGCAGACCAUGGGGUUCCUCGGAAGUUCGCACACGAUUGGUGCCUAUAAACUGCCCAUGUCAUUGCAGAACUACCUAGCUAGUUAUACUGGUAUCCUUUCAGGUUUGCCGAUGUCGAACUACCCUUACGAGGGCGGCGUCGUAGACACGGGUCAUUUCCAUAAACAGCGUUUCCCUCACAUUGACGAGGCGGUCUUGAACAACUCGAUCACUUUCGCGCAAAGCUUGGUCGAUCGUAUGAGCACCCUCGAAAGGAAUAUCGCGAACGCUGGCGUCGAAUUGAUGGCUCACACGCCGGCUGGAAAGCAAUUCCUUGAUUCAUAUCCUUCCGAGGAUGCUUUCGAGAGAGGCCUCGACGCCAUUGUGGCGAUGAAAGCUUCGUCCUAUCUCCUUCAUCAGAGCUGUCGCAGGUUUGGCCUGGAGAAAGACGAUUGCGCUCGUUACAUAUCAACCUUAUCAUUGCAAAGGACUCCGUUGAGCGCAGCUUGCUCGAAGUCGCGACUCUGCAAUUCCAAGGCCAAGUACCGAAGCAUCGACGGCAGUUGCAAUAAUGUCGAAAAUCCAAACUGGGGUAGUGCGAUGACCGCGUACGCCAGAAUUCUCUUCCCCCACUAUUUCGACGGAAUUCAAGAGCCGAGGCGCAUGGGGCAAACGAAAAAGCCACUGCCAGGUGCCAGGAGCGUGAGCGUGGCUCUCUCAACGCCUAAUGAUCAGUCGGAUGUCAGCAGGACGUUGACGGUUAUGCAGUGGGCUCAGUUCAUUGCACAUGACAUCUCUUAUACGCCAAUGCGCAAGAUGGUGUCGUCAGGAAAACCAAUCUCGUGUUGUCGAUCAGACGGAACCGCCUUGUCUCCUCGAUACGUGCAUCCCGAUUGUUCUGCAAUCACCGUACCUGACCGGGAUCCUGUUUACGGCCAGCAUUAUGUACGCUGCAUGAAUUACGUGCGAUCGUUGCCGGUUCUAAAAUCAGAAUGUACUUUUGGACCCGUGGAACAGAUGAAUCAAGUGAGCCAUUUCUUGGAUGGUUCAGCGAUCUAUGGUUCCACGUUGAAGCAAUCUCGCGAACUCCGUGAGUUCGAAGGUGGUCGAUUACGAGUUCACAUAGAGAAGAAUCAUGAGUAUUUACCAGUUGGAGGUGUCGAAAUCUCAUCUGAAUGCACGGAGAGCUGUUAUAAUUCUGGCGAUCAUCGUGUAAAUAUACAUCCACAAUUGGCUGUGAUGCACACAAUCUGGCAUCGUGAACACAAUAAAAUUGCUAAUAAGCUAGCUAAGCUGAAUCCUCAUUGGUCAGACGAGAUGCUGUACCAGGAAGCUAGGCGCAUAGUGAUUGCUGAAAUUCAACAUAUCACGUACAAAGAGUGGCUACCUAUAUUACUAGGCAAGAGGUACACUCGAGCUGUUGGUCUCACCGUUGGGAAUAGUUAUAAUCGUAUCUAUAAUUCUGAGGAUGACCCAGCAGUUAGCAACGAGGUUGCAACAGCAGCUUUGCGCUUCUUGACUUCCUUGAUGCAAGGAAAGCUAAGCUUAACAGACAACACACGACAGAUCAACAGCACAAUUUCAUUGACAAAAUAUUUCUUCAAACCAAGUAUUAUCGAGUCGGAUAAAGUUUUUGACGGUUUACUGCGUGGUAUGGCCACUCAAACCAGUCAGAAAAUGGAUAUUAACAUAAUCGAAGAUGUAACAAGCAAACUGUUUGCAGCAGACCAAGAUAGCCUAGGUUUAGAUGCUAUUAGCUUGGAUAUCCAGCGAGGACGCGAUCACGGUUUACCUGGCUACAAUCACUAUCGCAAAUACUGCGGUCUUCCACCUGCGAAGAACUUCGAUGAUUUCUUAGAUCAUAUUCCAAUGGAGAUGAUAAAGAAAUUGCGCGCAACCUACGCUCAUCCUGAUGACGUUGAUCUCAUUAUUGGCGGUAUGGCUGAAAGGCCAGUAGAUGACGGGUUACUGGGCCCUACCUUCCGUUGCUUGAUUUCCGAACAAUUCGCAAGAACUUAUCGCACAGACAGAUAUUUCUAUGACUCUGUGUAUCAGCCGCAUCCCUUCACACCAAAACAACUAGCAGAAAUACGCAAUGUAACAUUAGCAAGAGUGUUCUGCAACAAUGGCAAUAACAUCACACACAUGCAACCAAACGUAUUCCUCAGACCACAAGCAGGGAACGAACUGAGGUCCUGUACGAUGUUCGAAGCGAUCCCCAGCGUGGACUUAUUCGCCUGGGCAGAGAGGGCCAAGGCCUAUCGUUGAACAUCCUUGUUAAUUGGCUGGUCACAUUGCCGCAUCGGUUUGCCCGGGUCGCAGGACGGGCAAGAUAUAGAGGCCACGAGACGACGAUAAAAUAGCGUAAUCGCGGGAGAAUAUCGGCGAUUGACUGAAAAGCCGCACUCAAUCCUGACGCAGUAUAUCACCAACACGCUCGAGAUAUAAGAAAAUGAGACAGAACUUUUGCCGAAGGGAGCCGCGUGUACGAAUGCGAUCGUAUGGCGAACAACGGGCACGAUGAAGGGAAAUCGAACAAUCCAGUAGUAUGCACGCUACGUAAAAAUUGAACAAGGAAACAGACAAUAACGUAAUAAAACAAGGUGCAUCAUCAAUACACGUGACUAGUCGAUUAAAUGAGCACACUUUGGGGCUGUGCUACGACACGUGGUGUCGACCGAGACA